AAAGUAAACUUUUGCUCAGCAAACUGUGCUAUUAGGGCUAAUUUACAAUGUACAUUAGCUGCAUUCGUAUUGGACGCUUCGAGCGCUGUAAGUACCACAUCCUAUAGUAUUUUAGAUGUCAAUGUUUAUGUAUACAUAUAAGUUGACAGCGUGUGAGUACGUGUUAGUGUCCAAGAUGAAUGCAGCCAUUGAAUUCACUUUCAAUUUCGUGUUAUAAGUUUAUGCAUAUGAAGUCUCAUUAAGUUUCCAAUAAUAUCGGCACUAAAUAUUAAACUAGCAGGUGAUUGAAAGUUUCAGUUUUUUAAAUAAGUUUGAUAUUUAAUAAUAUUAAUGUGGCAAUGGAAAUAAUUAAGACAAAUAAAGGAAAAUAUAAAAUAAGUUUUGAAGGUUAUAUGUACGUAGAAAAGAGAAUUUGUAAAAAUCAUAUUACAUAGCGUUGUUGCAAAUUUGGUGGUGGACAAAAAGUAUAGUUUUUUAAUUUUAUUACUCUAAAAUCAUUAGAAAUUUCUGUAUAUUUAUUUUUUAAACUUUUAAAUAUAUUUAAUUUUUUGUUCAAUUUAAGUGUCCAGGUAUUCUUCGUACGUCAUUAAAUAAAACAAAUCCUGAACGUUUAAAAAAUCAUAAUCAUUUUUCUGAUCUUAAUGAUGUAACAGUAGCUAAAUGUUAUGCAAAGAUGAAGAAAAAAGCUCAAAAGGACUCUUCAAAACCUGCUUCAAUAUAUAGUGCUGCUUGUUCUUCUUUAUCUUGUCCUUGUAAGCGGAAAAUUCCUAUGGAAGAGUCUGCGAAGAGAACGCUACGUAAUGUAAAAAAUAAAAAUCAUCCGAAACAACCUGAUUUUUUACAUGAAUUAGUAAUUGAUGGUUCGUGGUUAAAUAUUCCAAGAGCUUGUGAAAAUAGAGAUAGUCGAUUUUUAUUAGAAGAUAAUAAUGAUACUGGCAAUGGAAGAAUUAUAAUAUUUGCUACUGACGGAUUUUUUGAAUAUCUCGGUGCAGCUUCAGAAUGGUUUAUGGACGGUAAUUUUAAGCUUGCCCCGUCAUUAUUUCAACAAUUAUAUGUGAUACGUGUUAAAGUUGAAGAAAUUUUUGUAACUGCAGCUUAUAUAUUAUUAGAAAAAAAAACCCGUUUCAUUUAUGAAGAAAUGUUUAAUAUCAUUCAACGCCAUUGUUUACAACGUAAUAUUAAUCUAGUACCUACUGUAAUUCACGUUGAUUUUGAGCGUGCAGUUAUAAAAGCAAUUCAAAAUGUUUUUGAUCAUGAAGUUUGUAUACGUGGAUGUUUUUACCACUUGUGUCAGUCAACUUAUCGUCACAUAUCAAGUUUAGGAUUAAAAAAUGAAUAUUUAACUAAUGAAAAGUUCAAUGAGUUCUGCGCGAAAGUUGAUAGCUUAGCAUAUCUACCAUUGAAAGAUGUCAAAGCUGGCAUGUCACAUUUAAAAGAAAUUGUCCCUCCUAUGGCAGAGUCAUUGUUGAAGUAUUUUGAUGAAACUUACGUUAAUGGAACCAGAAUUAAACAUAAGAAAACAAACAGACCAUUAACUAGGAUUUUACCAUUAUUUCCACCAGAAAUUUGGAACGUUUUUGAGACUGCUUUAGAAGGUGGUGAAGGUACCAAUAAUAUAGUUGAAGGUUGGAACAAUCGAUUUAAACAUAUUGUUGGUCUCCAUCAUCCGUCCAUUUGGUUAUUAAUCGAUAAAAUGCGUAGUGAGGUUGCGACUGAUCAAGUAAAAUUAGCACAGCAGACAACUGGUCGUGUGCAAAGAAAAAAAAAAUCUUCAUUAGUGCAGAUAAGACAAGACCGUUUAAAAAUAAUCUGCAAUAAUUAUGCUAUGAAUUCGUCACCAGACAUACCCAGUCAUCUGAUGUCAAUAUCGAAUGUGAUUCGUGAGCGAGUUCUUUAAUUUAUAAAUCCAAAUUACGCGACUGAAAAUCAUUAAAUCAAUGUUCUUGAGCGUCAGUAUUCAUUCAGUCACCAAUAAUUGAUGUUAAAAACAAAACAAUUGAGAAGAUUAAUUUACAAAACUAGUCAAUAUCUUUAGAAAUACGUUAUUAUAUUUGAAAAAUUGAUUAGUAAUUAAUUAAGAUUAUUUUUGAAUCAUUAAUGUUUAAUUUUAUAAAACAUAAAAAAAAAAUUGACUAUUAUUAAGCAAUUUAAAUAUUACUUUCUUGUGUUUUAUUAUUACUAAAUUGUUAUAUUAUUGAUUGUGAUAUAAUAAAUAAAAAUGUUUGUAUAUCAGGUAAUUAUCAGGUAAUUUUUCAAUAAUUUGAUAGCUACUGUUGUAUUUAUAGUAAAGAAUAGAAUAUUUUAAAUCAACAGUAUUUUUCCCGGUCUAUUUUGUCCGGGUCUAUUUUUUCCCGGCCUA